UGACUGUUCUCAAUCGUUGCUCACUUGUCCACGCCUUUGUGAUACACUUCUGGCUCUAUCAGAGUCCCUCAAUCCGACCUGAUAGUCCUCAUAUGUCCCUGAACAUCUUGAUAUCUACGCUCCAGGUCUUCGAGCUCAUCCCUCCACCACCUUUUCCCCGCCACCACCAUGUCUGAGUCAGGUUCCUCCUCUACACCGCCAUUGAAGAAUCCCAAACUCAGCACCUUGAACAAGGCUUUCGCUCAAGUUGACCUGGACGGCCAUGAUCUGCCACCAUCGCCAGCCCCUUCCAGUCCAAGGGGAAGCCGGAAUUAUGCCAUCGCAACCCAGCUGGUCUACUCCGAAGGUAAUGACCAGUAUAAUGCCAGUAGCGUCCCAAUCUACCAGUCUGCAACAUUCAAGCAGACAUCUGCGACGGGCGGCGCCUCCGACUACGAUUACACCCGCAGUGGUAAUCCGACCCGCACCCACCUCGAGAAACACCUCGCCAAAAUCAUGCGCGCGAAGCGAGCUCUUGUCGUCUCUUCUGGGAUGGGGGCCCUCGAUGUGAUAACCCGCCAGCUGCGACCAGGUGAUGAAGUCGUGACGGGAGAUGACUUGUAUGGAGGCACACACAGACUGCUAAAAUAUUUGUCCACCCAUGGCGGUAUCAUCGUGCAUCACGUCGACACCACGACACCUGAAAAAGUACAGGAAGUCUUGAGCUCCAAGACUGCCAUGGUCCUUCUCGAAACACCCACGAACCCACUGAUCAAGAUCGUGGACAUACCCACAAUAUCAAACAUGGCACAUGCCGCCAACCCGGCCUGCGUUGUCAGCGUGGACAACACCAUGUUAUCGCCAUAUCUUCAAAAUCCCCUAGAGUUGGGUGCGGACAUUGUUUACGAGUCUGGGACCAAAUAUCUGUCUGGCCAUCACGAUCUCAUGGCUGGUGUCAUUGCCGUCAGCGAUGAAGCACUGGGAGAAAAGCUAUAUUUCACGAUCAAUGCAUCGGGUUGUGGCCUGGCGCCGUUCGAUUGUUGGCUGUUGAUGAGAGGAAUCAAGACGCUGAAAGUUCGCAUGGAUGCACAGCAGGGCAACGCCAUGUUGAUCGCCCGGUUCCUCGAGUCGGCUGGCUUUAAGGUCCGCUACCCUGGACUUCAGAGCCAUCCUCAGUAUGGUCUGUUCAACUCCAUGGCCCGCGGCCCUGGAGCUGUUCUUUCCUUCGAGACCGGUGACAUCCAAUUGUCUGAGAGGAUCGUUGAGUCGGCCAAGCUGUGGGCCAUUAGUGUGAGCUUUGGCUGUGUUAACUCUCUGAUCAGUAUGCCUUGCCGCAUGAGUCACGCGAGUAUCGAUGCGAAGACUCGUGCGGAUCGGGGUGUCCCUGAAGACCUCAUCCGGCUGUGUGUUGGUAUUGAGGAUGGGGAGGAUCUCCUUGAUGAUCUACGGAGUGCCUUGGUUCAGUCGGGCGCAAUGAACGUAACCUUGGAUGGAAUCUACGCAAAGAACGCCACUGUCGGCGCCCGACACCCUGAAGAAGGCGAACAGCUUGCUGCAGACGCGGCAGCCGAAAACGAACCCUGAUGGAAGACCUGCGUCCAUCGAAAGGCCCGGAAGCUCCUGAUCUCAAUAAAUCUCGUUGCUUUGGAGGAGGCCGAUGGACCAUGGAAGUGGGAAUACCUCCUGGCCCAGCAAUGUACAGAAAAGAAAGAAAAGAAAAGGAAAAGGAAAUCAUCCUUGACUGAGGAGCCAGGAAAAGUUUCGCACAUGGUGUUGGCGGGUUUCAGUUUGAGAAAUGUUUAGCUCUGGGAAAAUGUGAAUACGUAUUUGUUUGCCAACUGACUCUUUUCUCUAUAUCGUUUACCAUUCUCUUGGUCAAUCCAUUCAGGUGCCAAAGUCCGUUGUUCGGAUCAAGGACGUUUCGGUAUCGAGGAUGCCCUGGCAAC